ACAGGCUUCUGAGCAAAAAUGUACCUUAGAAGAGCUUAAUGGAUGCCUGGAGACGGUUAAAAAUAUAACUCAAAGAAAUGAUCUCGCCUUCGCUGCUACACGUUUUCAUCUUCAUGCAGUGUGCAGCAUUUUGAAAAUCAGUGUCUAUUGCAUCGAUGAACAUAUGAAGUAUUGUUUCACAGCAACACAGAGAAAAGUAUUCAAUCAUGUUGUUGCAGGAGCAAGACAGUUUUUAGCAGAGUUAUGUGUGCCAGGAACAAUUCAAGAAGCUUAUUUACUUUAUGCUCCUUGCUUUAAAAACAUAUCCUUGUCAGAAGAAAAGUGUGCUCCUCAGUAUCAACGUCUAAUGUCUAUGUCCGAAAAGGUAAACGAUGAGCCAAAUAUCGACAGAGGAAUUAAGGAAUCAUGUUGCGCUUUUGAUGCAUUUGUAUUCUGUAAGCACAACUACGCAAGUCAAGAUUGUGGCAAUGAAGCAUCAAAGUUUCUUCAGCAGCAUUUCGAUCGCAUUACGAAUCCAUUGCUUCACGAGCAUUGUGCUCCCUAUAUGUUUGGAAAAGGAACAUGUGAUGUGAACUCUAUUGCACGAGGGCGAACAAUAUCGCCAUUUUUAACUUUUAUAUUGUUUCUACUUUUUCAGAAGUUUUUUAUAAUGAUUGUUUUAAUCGAUAGAUAAUAGU